AUGGUUGGCAUGUUGCUUUGGGACUCAGUGCCUUCUAAUGGUUCUAUUGGUGAUUUUCUAAACACAAUCGCAUGUAAGCCUUUUUCUCCUCAACUGAAAAAUCUUUGGAUUGGUGGCUGUCUUUAUGUAUUAAUGGCUAUAUGGAAGACACGCAAUAGGCUACGCUUUGAUGAUAAACCUCCUUCUCUUAUAAGAGUUUUCCGGUCCACUAAAGCUUGGCUUCGUUUCGCUGCUCCCCACAUGCCCAGUCACUCAAGUGGUAUUUUAGAUAACAAUUUAUUGAUUGGGCUGGGUAUUCAACCUACCUCAAGGUCUCACACUGCUUCAAGAUUGGUUCUAUGGCAUCCCCCAAUUUCUCCAUGGGUUCAACUUAAUACUGAUGGCUUGGCUAAGGGUAAUCCUGGGCCUGCAGCUUGUGGUGGUGUGUUUAGAGAUGGUACUGGUCAUUACAUUGGUGGUUUUUGUCAUGGACUAGGUAACCAAACUGGUUUCUUUGCCGAAUUAAUGGGAGUUAUUCUUGGGAUUGACUAUGCUUUUCAGUUUGGUUGGCGCUAUAUUUGGCUUGAGAGUGAUUCUACUAGUGUUCUUGCAUGCAUUACCUCCUCUUCCUUCUCUCCACCAUGGCCUCUUCGUAUUGCAUGGUUAAAUUGCUUAUCACGCAUCUGA